UCCCACGGCUGUAGGUCGUCUAUCCACCGCCUGCGCGCCCUCUUCCCCUCGUGCGGUGCUCGGCCCAGCCAGCCAGUGCUCGACGUCCCCUCCUUUGUCCCCCUCCCCGCCGGGCCCCCUUCGCUUCCAGUCAUUCAUUUCGCCCGCUUGCUUGCUUGCUCGCCUCGGCCAUCAUGCGAUUCUAUGCUCUGCCUCUCUGGCUCGUGCUCUCGGUUCCUCUCUCUUAUGCUGCUACCGUCCCGUUUACGAGACACCGAUAUCCUGACGCGAGUGCACAACUGAGACGAAGGAGUGGGAGGGCAUCCUAUUCGCGUCCGGUCGUGGACGCUGCGACGGACUCUGACGGCAGUAAUGAGUCGAGUCUGAGUACCGUUCGUGACUUGUUAUACAUCGCAAAUGCUACCAUUGCCGGCACAGUAUACCCCCUUCAAAUUGAUACCGGCUCAUCAGACCUCUGGGUAAAAGGCGCUUCAUUCCCUCUAUCAAACACGACUCUCACAUCGCAAGCAUAUAACGUGACGUAUGGGAUUGGCUGGGCAUAUGGCAACGUUUCGUACGCUACAGUAGAGUUUGCUGGUGUCGAAGUGCAAAAUCAAGCCUUCAUGGACAUCAAGGUUGCUAAUAAUCCCGCCCUCUCCUACGGCGCCGACGGUAUCCUCGGUCUCGGCUUUGACUCGCUCUCCACCGUCGACGCCCUCGUCAACAUGACCGAUGCCAGCACGGGCCGGACGUUCCUCUACAACGCGUUCGCGAAAGACAAGUCCGAGCCGAACUUCAUCUCCUUCACGCUCGAGGACACGGAGGACUCCUACGACAGCGUGCAAGGCUACUUCUCGAUCGGCGAGUACAACCCGUCAUACACCGCUGUCGCAAACAGCAGCAAGAUCUCGACGUGGCCCGAGACCGCUCCGACCCGGUGGAGCAUCCUGCUGGACUACCUACUGCUGAAGGAUAGCGCCCUUAUGCCGACGAGCGUCAUUUCUGGCGUACCGUCUGGCAAGGCGGUGAUUGUUCUGGACAGCGGGACGUCGUAUUCAUACGUUCCAACUGACAUAGCCCAAGCGAUUUAUGGACAAGUCUCGGAUGCUUCAUUUGACGAAGAUUUGGGCCAAUGGAUCGUUCCAUGCGAUGCCGAAGUCGAUAUUGCUCUUCAAUUCGGCAAUCAUGUCUACCCUAUCAGUCCCUUGGAUAUCACGCCCAAGGACUCCUCCAACUCAUCGCGCUGCGCCGGUACCAUCAUGCCCGCCGACGGUAUUGGUGGGACAGAAUUUGACUGGCUCAUUGGGGACAACAUCUUGCGUUCCGUUUACGCCGUCUACGAUUUUGGUGAUUACGAUUCAGCCGGCAAACUGGGCAACCCAUAUAUCCAGCUCCUCUCCCUCGUUGACGCCGACCAAGCCUCAAUCGACUUCCACAAGACGCGCGGUGGCUCUGCGCAAAACAUCACUUACAACUCCGCCAACGUCACCGGGGCCACUUCCGGGGGCAGCACGAGCGUAGACCUCUCCGACAAGCUCGUCAACACGCUGAACACGGUCGGCAACUUCCUCCCCGCCAUUCUGGCACUCAUGGCCCUGAACACGCUCCUACUACUCGGUCUCAUCGGUGGAGCAAUUUGGUGGAUCCUGCGGAAACGCGGCCGCUCCCGCGCGCGUCGGAACCCGGGUCGCGCGGAACCGAUGCCCAUGAACACCAUGUCGACGGUGGGCCUGAUGAACAGUCGAGAAUCGCACUCAUACCAGCCUGUGUCGAUGGCCCUCACGGACGACAUGCCAUUCACGCCGCCGACACCGGCUUUCACACAACCAGGCUUCGAGGGCGGGGGAAGCCGCUUACGCGUGUCCACGGCGAGUUCGAGCGCGAGCCCCAUUGAGCGACCGAAGUCGGUUGCAUAGGUUGCGGGCUCGCUGGGGGUUGCUAUGUUUCUGUAUUUCUACCCUGCGGGGUACACGGACUGCUUUGUGGGUAUUCCCUGCAUGAUACGCAUCUAGGACGGUUGGUA